UUAUACCCAAAUCACCCAAUUAAGAGACAAUGUAACCACUCUAAAUUCGGACACAACUUAAGGCAUAGCUCGAUAUUCUGUCUACAUGGAUGACUUAGAUACUCAAUCAUGUUUCGUACUUCAAAAAAUAAAAUUACCACUCAAACAAAAUAGCAAACAAAUCAGUCAGUAACUGAACGUUGUGUAUCGAAGCAUCCUGCAUAGUCAUCAACAAAUCAUGUCAAGAUAUAUAUGUAUCGGUGCCUGAUUUCUAUAGGUAUUCAAAAAUUGCACAUGAUCGUAAAUACUUCAUUGUACACUUUAACUCGUAGUUUUAAAUUUGAGCUGAUUUGGUGCAAAAUUCAAAAUCUACAAAACCUACGGAAACUCAUGAGAUAGAAAGUGGACUCAGUGAGUUGUGGGCUUUUAAGUCUGCUAACUUAGCUGGACCUCUUAAGCCCAUUCCUUUCUCGCACAAAUUCAGCCCACUCUCUUCCUCUACGGUGCCGUCUUCACAAACCUAGUGUCCGAGUAUCGGACCAACUCGAGCGGGACGGGAAAUUCGCCGAAUUCACUCACCCGUCGCCGUUCAUCUUCUUCCGAGUUCUGUCAGUUUCGGCUCCGAAAAGAGAGAGGGUUUCUGACUUUCUUCACACUUUCUCAGUAAUGGCAUCCAAACCCAGUCCUGGAGUUCCCACAACGUACUCUCCGACGCCGUCCUCGAAAAAAACACGGCUCGAUGUCGAUUGGGUCCGACCCGACAGCCGUGGAUUCCAUCAGUGUCGCCCCGCCUUUUUCAGGACAGCUGCUGUAAAUGCUGCUGCUGGAUCUGCUUAUGCAGAGUUUGGAAAUACAAAGGUCAUUGUUUCUAUAUUUGGACCCAGAGAAAGCAAGAAGGCAAUGUUGUAUAGUGAUGUGGGCCGGUUAAAUUGCAACGUUAGCUACACGAAAUUUGCUACUCCAGUGCGUAGUCAGGAGGCAGACUGUAAAGAGCUGUCUUCAAUGCUUCACAAAGCUCUCGAAGGUGCCAUAUUGUUGGAAACUUUUCCAAAGACAACAGUAGAUGUUUUUGCUUUGGUGUUGGAGUCUGGAGGCAGUGAUCUUCCUGUGGUAGUGUCCUGUGCAAGCCUUGCCCUAGCCGAUGCAGGGAUUAUGAUGUAUGACCUUGUUGCUGGUGUUUCUGUGGCCUCUCUCGGUAGAAAAAACCUAGUGAUUGAUCCAGUACAAGAAGAGGAAAGCUCUCAAGAUGGAAGCCUAAUGCUGACUUGUAUGCCAUCAAGAUACAAGGUUACCCAGCUAACCAUUACAGGAGAAUGGUCAUCGGCAAACCUGAACGAGGCCAUGGAGCUAUGUCUCGAUGCUUGCUCUAAGCUUGCGAAAAUUAUGAGGUCUUGUCUGAAAGAUGCUGCCUCUUCAGUUUCCCACGAUUAGAACAGAUGAAAUAGGUACAACUCUUGUUUUUCUUCGUUGCAGUUCCAUUUAUGUUCUGUGAGCUAAAGGAAAUUAUGGCUUUUGCUGCCAUUUGUGCAUACUGCAGAGAUUCUGACCUCUUCGUUGGUCUUUUUUACUUGCUUCUCCCCCAGCUAACUUUUUGUAGUAAAAGCCAAUGAAGGAAAGUGGCAGAGUGGUUCGAAUUUGAGUUGAAUCCAAAGAGACCUGGUGGAGCUUGGGACGAUAGAUCGAGUCCAUUGACCCUUUCCGUGGGGAAAUUUUGAAUGUGAUUAUUAUGUUUCCAUUCAAUAGAGAGUUAUUCUGUCC